UACUUGCGUAUUCACUGCGCACAAGCCAAACCUGUAAGCACUUUCCUAAAGCGGGCACCCGGGGGCGCGUGCAACUUUAACAGUCAGCUGAUCAGUGGCUCCUUGGCUCGCGCAUGAAACGGGAAGCGCCCGAAAAAGAAAAAGAGAAAGAAAAGGAAAGAAAACGGAAGCGUGGAAAAGAAGAGAGAGCAGUAUUCCAGAGAAACGCCGGCCAUGCCUGGGAUUAAAGCUUUAGUUGGGUUGUCUUUUACGGGAGCAAUUGGCCUUACAUUCUUAAUGCUUGGCUGUGCCUUGGAACAAUACAGCAACUAUUGGCCCUUGUUUGUUCUGAUAUUUUAUGUCAUAUCGCCUAUCCCUCAUUUCAUUGCAAAGAGAGCCUCAAGUGAUUCAGAUGCUGCUAGCAGUGCAUGUCGGGAGUUGGCCUACUUCUUCACAACUGGAAUCGUGGUGUCUGCCUUUGGUCUGCCUGUUAUUCUUGCUCGGAUCCUAGUGAUCAAGUGGGGUGCUUGUGGCCUUGUGAUGGCAGGAAAUGCAGUGAUUUUUUUCACCAUUUUUGGAUUCUUCUUUGUUUUUGGCAAUAAUGAUGAUUUCAGCUGGGAUCAAUGGUAGUCUUUCACUUAAAAUACUGGAUCGUCUUUGACUUUCGCUGUACGUCUAAACUUUGAAGAAUGAAGAAUAAAUAUCCAAGUGUAGUGCCUCCUCUGCAGCUUUGUUUUAAACCAGUUUUGUGUGUGUGUGUCUGUGUGCAUGUAAAGAAUGGGGACAGACCAUAGUGCCUGAGCCUUCUUGAAAAGUGACUGUUGGCCAAAGAUUCUGAUGGCUUCAUAUUAACCUUUUAUUACACAGUAAAUCACAAGUAUUUAUUAUUUCUAUUUUCUUUGCUUCAGAACUGAGAUUUGAUUUAUACCAGAAAUAACCAAAAUAUAUUAUGCCUUUUAUAUUGUAUUAAUAAUAAUGAAAAUGUAUAAAUGGAAGGGACCUGAUGAUGUAUUAGUACACUACAAAGAACCUGAAAAGUUUUCUCAAGAUAUCACUGGUCUUUUUAAUGGAAAAACUUUGCUUUAUGUAACUAUACAAUUAUCAAACAGCAACUAUGCAAUUUAUUCUAAAAAUCAACCAGGCAGAAACAAGUUUAAAUAAAUAAAUAAAAACUUUUUGCUAACUACUGACAUUUACACUGUGGAAAUGUGUGCAGUUCUGUUUAAGUAAAAUGUCCUUUAGGAAAAGUCUAAGCCACGCAGACUUACAUGCUAGUGUAUGUUACAUAUGGGCCCUUUCAGAAAGGGUCCACAUUUACAGAUUGAUUUUUUUUUUCUUUCUACAUUAUGUAUGUAGUAGGCUUUCAAAGAAAUUACUUAUUUUCAUGUUAACUUAAAAUAACAUCCUGUAAUACAUGCCACCACUGUACAAGAUUUCACUUGUGCAAGAUGUGCAAAUUGUCAAUGUAAUGGACUGGUGCACUAACUAGGGUUGUUUCUGUGACAAGGUUCUAUGAAUUCAGAUUAAGCCAAUUUGAGAAUGUUAUAGUGAAUCAAGCGCAUUUAUGUUGGAUGUUCAGCUGAUAGUUUUCCCAAAAUUCAUAUUUUCUUCUUGGUUGUGUGUGGCAUCUUUUUUUUUCUUUUUUUUUUUGUACCAAAACAGAUUACCAAAUUAAGCUGGACCCCACCUCAACAAUCAGUUCUUCUAAUCAAUAGUGUUAAUGCUGAUAUGUUUUCUUUUUUUUUUUCAAGAAAUAUACAUUUAUUUUUCAGUCACAAACUUACCUUUACUUUAUAAUAUAGUCAGUGAUGCAGAAUCUACAGUACUUAAGUUUAAACCUCACCUGCCCUUGCCCCACUGAGUGACACUGAAUAACCCACUUGACCUUUCUGUGC